CGCCGCGACAUGGGCCCACCGCCACCGCCGCUGUGAGUAGCCUCCUUGGCGGUGGGGCGGCCGGCGGGGACGGGGGCGACGCGACCCUCGAGCGGAGGGCAGCUGGCUUCCAGGCCGGCCGCGGGAGCGGGGCGGACAGCCCCGCAGCGACAUGUAACCAUGGACUGCAGGACCAAGGAAAAUCCAGAAAGAACCUUUGACUUGGUAUUGAAGGUGAAAUGCCACACCUCAGAAAAUGAAGAUCCUGUGAUAUUGUGGAAAUUCCCAGAGGACUUUGGAGAUCAGGAAGUACUACAGAGCGUGCCAAAGUUCUGUUUCCCCUUUGACGUUGAAAGGGUGUCACAAAAUCAAGUUGGACAGCACUUUACCUUUGUACUGACAGACAUUGAAAGUAAACAGAGAUUUGGGUUCUGCAGACUCACAUCAGGAGGCAAAAUUUGUUUAUGCAUCCUUAGUUACUUGCCAUGGUUUGAAGUAUAUUACAAACUUCUAAAUACUCUGGCAGAUUACUUGGCUAAGGAACUGGAAAAGGAUUUGAAUGAAACACUCAAAUCCCUCUAUAACCACCCAGUACCAAAGGCAAACACUCCUGUCACUUUGAGUGUGAAUCAAGAGAUAUUUAUUGCCAGUGAGCAAGUUUUGAAAGAUCAGCUCUCACUAAUACCGCAUUCCUACUUCAUUGCCCCUGAUGUAACUGGACUCCCAACAAUACCUGAGAGUAGAAAUCUUACAGAAUAUUUUGUUGCUGUGGAUGUGAACAAUAUGCUGCAACUGUAUGCCAGUAUGCUGCACGAAAGGCGCAUCAUUAUUACCUCUAGCAAAUUAAGCACUUUAACUGCCUGUCUCCAUGGAUCGGCUGCUCUGCUCUACCCAAUGUACUGGCAGCACAUAUACAUCCCAGUGCUUCCUCCACACCUGCUGGACUACUGCUGUGCCCCAAUGCCAUACCUGAUUGGAAUACACUCCAGCCUCAUAGAGAGAGUGAAAACCAAAUCAUUGGAAGAUGUGGUUAUGUUAAAUGUUGACACAAAUACCUUAGAAUCACCAUUUAAUGACUUGAGCAACCUGCCAAGCGAUGUGGUCUCGGCCUUGAAAAAUAAACUGAAGAAGCAGUCUACAGCUACGGGUGAUGGACUAGCUAGGGCCUUUCUUAGGGCACAGGCUGCUUUGUUUGGAUCCUACAGAGAUGCACUGAGAUACAAACCUGGUGAGCCUGUCACUUUCUGUGAGGAAAGUUUUGUAAAGCAUCGCUCAAGUGUGAUGAAACAGUUCUUGGAAACUGCUGUUAACCUUCAGCUUUUUAAGCAGUUUAUAGAUGGCCGACUGGCAAAACUAAAUGCAGGAAGGGGUUUCUCUGAUGUAUUCGAAGAAGAAAUCAGUUCAGGUGGCUUUUGUGGAGGGAACCCAAGGUCAUAUCAACAGUGGGUACAUACAGUUAAGAAAGGAGGUGCACUGUUCAACACAGCAAUGACCAAAGCAACACCUGCAGUACGGACAGCUUAUAAAUUUGCAAAAAACCAUGCAAAACUGGGAUUGAAGGAAGUGAAGAGUAAACUGAAGCACAAGGAAAAUGAGGAAGACUACGGGACUUGUUCUGGUUCAGUACAAUAUACACCAGUUUACACUUUACACAGUGAAAAGGGAGGAAAUGUAGAAAAGCGUAAGCUUGCCCAGGCACGCUUAAAAAGGCCUCUUAAGAGUCUCGAUGGUGUUCUGUAUGACGACGAUGAUGACGACAUUGAAAGAGCAAGCAAGUUAUCUUCUGAAGAUGGUGAGGAAGCUUCUGCUUAUUUUUAUGAAAGUGAUGACUCUGUUGAAACAAAAGCAAUGAUUCCUUAUUCAGGUGAAAUGGACUUGUUAGGAGAGAUCCUCGACACACUGAGCACACACAGCUCGGAUCAAGGAAAGCUGGCAGCUGCAAAGAGCUUGGAUUUCUUUCGAUCAAUGGAUGAUAUUGAUUACAAACCUACGAAUAAAUCCAAUGCUCCUAGUGAGAACAACCUGGCCCUCCUUUGUGGUGGUUCUGGUGAUCAAACAGAGUGGAAUCUUGGGCAGGAUGAUAGUGCUCUCCAUGGCAAACACCUCCCUCCAUCUCCCAGGAAGAGGGUUUCCUCUAGUGGCUUCACAGAUUCUCUUUUCAUCCUGAAAGAGGAAAACAGUGAAAAACACCUCAGUGCUGACAACAUGAGUAGCUCUACUCUGGUGGAAAAACCAGCUAUUACUGCAGGAUUGAGUUUUCCAUUAGCUGCCACUGAAAUGUCCCAGACUGAUAAAGGAAGAAAAGAAAAGAAGGAAACACUAAGCCAGAUUUCAGAUGAUCUGCUUGCACCCAGCCUUGGGCGACGUCCAUCUACUUUUGUUCCUUGGGAGAAAGAAGGGAAAGUCAAAGAGACUUCAGAAGAUAUUGGACUUCUCCAUGAAGUAGUGUCAUUAUGUCACAUGUCAUCUAACUUCCAAGGAAGCUUAACCAUUUCAGAGGAAAAUGCAAGGGGAAACCAAGCUUAAGUCACCAAUUAAGGGUCAGUCACUUGCAUCUAAGCUUCUAUGGAGACAUUUUGGGAUUGCCUGAAAUUUAUGUAGUAAAUCAUUUGUAGGAAUGAUAACUCUUACUACUAUUUAAUUUUUUUAUUUGGAACAAACAUUUCCCCCACUUAUUCAUCUUGUGGAUGUAUAUGUUUUCCGAUUUUAAAUUGUAAAGUGAAUUCUUCUACUGUGCUAUUAAAUCAGGUACUAGUUUGUAUGUUUGUUGAAAGUGAGUAUUGAACAUAUGAUUUCCCAGUAUUUGGUGCUUAAUGCCAUUCAUUUAUUUAAACUAAGUAUGCAUAUAUAAUCCUUGCACAUAACCAGUAGCUGUUGUACUAACCUGGUUGAGCAUGAACCUGAUCAGGAUGUCAAAACUAGCCUGAAACUGAUGAAAUUGUUAACCCACUAAUUGCCUUAAUCUUAAAACUAUAUUAAGCAUACUUUACUAAUGUAUGAAAUUAUGUGUAAACUUUGGGAGCUAAGUUAUUUUGUUCUUCAGAGCAAUAAUGCCUUUUUCUACUCAUCAAUUUAAGAUCAAAAUUCAUUUUUUCAAGGUUUAAAAGCUCUCUUGUGGAAAUAUUUAAUUUGCUUUUAUAAGGACACUGCAGCCAUGUUUUCCAAAAGGUAUAAAGCUAUAAAUUAACCUUUCACUCAGUGAAAUAUAUAAAGUGCUGAAUUGCAAUGUGAAGUUAAUGACUUCUGUUUACAAAUGAGACACUUACAACAUUUUCACUGUCUCUGUAUGCCUUUGCUAGCUAGGGGUUCACUGCAAGAAGGCCAAAUGCAAUGUAAACGUGUCUGGAUAAAAAUUUUUCAUGUCUUUUUUCUUAGCUAAUCAUUUCCAAUCAAAAUGCUUCAUAUCAUUAUCUCAGAUUUAUUUUUUUAAAUAACUGAUUUUGUAUGUAGAAGUUUUAGAUUUAUAGAAAAAUUGCAAGGACAGUUCAGAGAGUUCCCACAUAUCCCUGUACUUAGGUUCCUUAUAUUAUUAGCAUUUCACAUUAGUGGGAUAUAUUUGCCGCAAUUAUGAACCAGUAUUAAUAGUCCGUACUUUAUUCAGAUUUCUACAGUUUUUCCCUAAUGUAUGUUUUCUGUUCCAGGAUCCCAUCCAGGACACCAUGUUACAUUUAGUUGCUAUGUUUCUACAGGCUCUUCUUGGCUAUGGCAGUUUGCUUGUUUUUGAUGACCUUGACAGUUUUGAGAAGUAUUGGUCAGAUAUAUUUCAGAGUACCCCUCUUUUGGAAUUUGUCUGAUUUUUUUCCUUCUAAUCACAGUAGAAUGAUGGGUUUUGGGGAAAAAUAUCACAGAAGUAAAAUGUCACUUUCAUCACGUUGUAUCAUGUUUUGUGAAUGUUUAUGUUCCCUUUAACAACCUGGAAUUUGUCAGGCUUCUCCACCAUUAAUUUACUUUCUAACACCCUUUCUAUACAGUGGACUUUGGAAGGAAGUCAGUAUGAGACUCCCACUCUUCAGGAGUUAGGCUUCAUCUCCUUUAGGCAGAGGAAUAUCUGAAUAAAUCAUUUGGAAUUCUUCAUGGGAAUCCGUCUCCCUCAAAUUUACUAUUAGGCUUUGUAAUUCAUCUAAAUUACUUGAUUACUUCAUGGUAGGCUAGACUGCCAGGUAUAAUCAGAAAAGAGCCCUAGUGAUAUUAUGGCUAAUUUGUUAUAUCUAUACUCUGUAUACCUAUUCUCUGUAGUCCCAGUCAUGAUUAUAUAUUUUUUUAAAAUGCCUUUCUUUAAAAAAAAAAAAGUAUGAGAAACCAUUCAAGAACUCCAAUAAGACUAUACUUCAAAUAUCUAUUGAAGGAGUGUAAUUUCAGUUAAAAUUCUUAAAGUAGGUUUGUUUAAAACAUUGCUUAGAAUUAUUUAUUCAGGUUGCUUUUAAAGAAAAUGAUCAAUAUUUUUAAAAACUGCUUUUCAAAAUUAAAUGAAUAUAUUAUAAUUGGGAUGACCAUUCAUAAUUAUAAAUCUCGUUUUCCCUAUAAAAAUGGAUUCUGUUACUAAGGAAAAAGUGUUUAAUCCUUAUGCUUUUAUAGAUUCAGUGUUCUUGUCAAUGUUUGCCUUUAUUUGUUCAUUACAAACUCUAAUUUACUUUAUUGAAAUAUGCUGUUUUAAUUGAGAAAGAAAAAAGGCUACUCUGAGGUUUAAUCUGCUUGGCAAAUGCUCCAUCAUUUGUGAAAGAAUACAAAGCCACCUUGCAAUACAAAUUUUGAAACGAGAUGAUUAUGAGUGUAACACAGACCAGAUUGGGGUUUCAGUCCACUUCUCAAUAAAUAGCAUGGCCACAGAAAUCUACAUUCUUUUCCUAACUUUCAGUCACCUCACAAGAAGUUUGGCUGUAAUACUAUGUUGUUUUGAGGAUACUUAGCCACUCACAAAUAACUUAAUUGUCUUAAGGAAUUUUAAAGUGAUUUGUGCCUUAUUUUUACAUUCUAAAUUAGCUGUUUUACUCUGCUAAAGACAAAAGCAAAAAUAAAAUUCUCCCUCUUAUUCCUAAAAAAAAAUCCAGAAGACUAAUAGCAAAUAUUGACUUCUCAAAAUAUUUAAGUUCUGAGUACUCAGUCUACUCUUAAACUACCUUCCCAGUAUUAAGGUAGAUACACUGUGAAUGAAGAGAAAUUAGGGUAAAUCUGAAAUUUAAAAAAGUUUUAUUUUCUACUGUGCCCAUAUUUUCUGUUGUAACUAAACCAGAUACAAAGUUUCCCUCACUGUUUGAAAUUGUUUUUCAAAAAGCAGUACUUCCUCUACAACAAAAUUGUAUAAAUUUAAUGACUUUUGACUAUGUAAUAUAAUCUUUCAUAUGGCCUCUAAACUGAGUCAUGAUUCUUCCUGAAUCCUGCUCUAGCUUUUAUUGUUUUGCCCUUAGAUCAUCCAUGGUCUUUCAGGCGACUAGAGAAAUAGUUUAUAAAUUUAGGGGCUGUUGUUUUGUUAAGUGAAAAUUUUGCUAAGUGGCGUAUCUUUAUGAUUACCUACUUUAGCAAAUCUUAGACAACCAAAAUACAGCAUGAUUAUUUUUCCAACUCAAAACUAAUAAUUCCUUCAUUUUCAAAAUAUUUAUGGACUCUUUUACCAAUCAUGUGCAAGGUACGAUAACUGAGGGUGUAGGGGAAAUAAAAUAAUUAACACAGUUCGUGCUCUGAAAAGAAUCAGUUAUAAAGGAAAAGGAAUUGCAAGUGUAUUGAAAUAAUUAAUAAUAAUAAUAAUAUAAUGUGCUUUGCUUAGAAGUUACCAGCCCAAGAUUCUAACACCAAGAAAGAUGUUCUUAUAAAAUGAACUUAAUCUAAGCAUGUUCUAAGUACAGAACUAAAGUACCAUAUCUGAUUUUGUUAACUUUCCUAAUCAUGAUGCUAAUUACAAUAAUGCUGCUAAGAUAUCUUUCAGAGACUGUGUGUCCUUGUGUACCUGAUUUUCUGUCAGAUAAGCAGGUGGCACAGGGUCCUCUGUAGGGAAUGAUGCUCCUUUCAUGCGUAGGGCCACUUUAGUUUAGUAAGAACUGAAGGUGUGAUGAGAAUUUGAUCACAUGAAUAAGAAUCUAGUUUUUACUUUUUUCUCUUUUCUUUAUAAGAGCAUUCUCUUAUAAAGAAACAGUCCCUUCCAUUUAAAUUAAAACUGUAAGUGACAAUGCCGUUAUUAGGAUUCUAUGAUAAUAUUCUAAUACCAGGAUCUAGGAAAGCUAAUGAAUUGUUUGUUAAAUAAAAUGGAGAAGAAGACUCCUGAAGAAGAGGAGAAAACUGAAUACUGUUAUAGUCAGUAGACUUCAUUCUUUAUUUGGACUUUCAGGAGAUUGAUUCCUUUCAUGAAUAAAUUUUCUAAUGACAACUCCAUUUUGUUUGGCAUCAAAGAAUCUGAAUCUAAGAAGAGAUUUGUAAAUGAGAGUAUAAAUUCAGGAAUGUAAAAUGAAUCUCCAAGUUUAAUUCCCCCAAAGCAAUUUUAAUGUAGGAAAGUUUUUAGAAACCCUGUCAGUACUGACAUUUUUUCUAUGUGGAGCCCAGUAAUAGGGUUAGUGCAUGUUUCUUAAAGCUUCUUUAAGAGGCAGAGUUGUUUGGAGCAAAGCAGUUAAAAUUAUGAUCUGGUUAAGGAAUAGGGAAUUAUGUACAUUUAGGCUGAGAUGUAUUUUAUUUUACAAAAUAAUAGGAUUUUGUGCAAUAUAUUUUUCUUUCAUAAUUUAGUUCAUAUAAAUAUGCACAUCUGCUUUUCUAGCAGAUGCCUUAAGAUCAUGUCUUUCAGUAUUUGAGUAAAAUUGUAUGUAGCAAUGUUCUGUGUGAUUUUAGGAAAAAAUACUCUUUAUAUCCUUGGCAAGAAAAAUGUUUUGUUUAUUUAAAAUAAUUAUGGAUAUUGCAUUAUUGUAUCAUAACUAACUGCCUCAGCAUCAAUAAAUAUGCAAUAAGAAAAUCCUGUACCUUAGAUUACCAUUGACAAUACUGUUACUUUAAAAGAAAUGUUUAUGGUACAAAGUGCUGAUUCUACAUGAGUACAUUUAACACAUAAGUCUGUUCUGUACCACAUAAAUCUAAAUGGCAUUUGUAUGGUGAUGACCACAUAUAUAGAUUGUAACAUCAUUUGUGAUGAAUCUUUGCUAAGAUUUGUAAAGGGCAUUGCCAAUACUUUUUAACUGUCUGUAAAUUAAGUUAAAUUUUUGUAUAAUGUACAGUUUGUUUAACCUUAGAGCUUCUAUAGAUUUCUACUUUUAUUAUACUUGAAAGAGGCAGAAAGCACUGUGGAAAAUUUGUAGCCCUGGAUGUGAUAUGCAAAUAUACCAAAAAAAAUAAAACAAGGUACUCAACAGCAAUGUUAACAGAAUGCUUUAUAUCCAGAAGGCUAUGUUUUUUCAAGCCACAUUUUAGUUAAAUGAAGUAAUUGAAGAUAUACAAUCUUUUAUCUUAGAAGGUUGUAAAGUUGCAAAUGAUUACCUCUUUGAUAUGACAAACGUGUAAGUCUCUUCAUCUCUGCUAUUUCAGUUCUCAGAUGAGAGCCUUGUUGAGAUCCAUUAAUGAAUCCUUCUGGUUGAUGAUAUGAUGAUGUUUAGAAUAGAGCGGAUUUAGAACACUGUGCAUGUUAAAUGCACUGCAUGUGUCAAGGCGCCAACCUUUAGAUAUAGUUUUCAUAGGUUAUUUUGAGAAAUAAUCAUAUACCAAAAAUUAGAUUUUAAAAAUGUUAUGAUUUAGCCAUGCCUAAAACAGAAAAAAAUAGCAAAUGCAUGAAUUCUACAACUUAAAACACAUAAAGAUUUUUUUACAAAAGGUGACUUGAGGGGUUCAAAAUUGAACUUUUCCAAAGCUUAUUUCUUUUGCUUUAGAUGAAGAGUUAUUUCAAAGGACUGAAGAUCUUGAGCUUUAUGCUCCACAUGGUUACAGGUAUCUGUUAAAAACUUAGCAGGCAUUGAGAUUUGCUUCAUUGUUCCUGCAUCUUUGAGGCUACAGUAUAAAUCAUCUCCAAAGUUGACUACUAUUGGGAAGACGUUGUGUAUAAAAGUAUUGCUUUGAGACUUUUUUAAAUAUGCAAAAAUAAAUAUUGGAUAAACUCUUACAUUACCAUAAAGUACACAAGAAUGCAGAUAUAAAAUAAAAUUGGUCACAAUC